AUGAACUCGGAAUUCGCUCGCUGGGAUGGUAGCAAACACCAGUACGACAGUCAAUGGGGCGCGUCUCGCCCCGAGGCACCUCCAGCGCCGUGUGCCCUACCGUAUGCCUUCGCCGAGCCUUUCCCACAACUCACGAACGGUUUCCAGCAACUGCAGGUUGGGAAGCAUUCGAGAACACGAACAACACCCGUAGUUACUCGCACACACAUAACUAGACAUGGCUCGGAGCCAAACCCCAUGCGACCGUUGUCUAGUGGAGGAGAAGCCCACAUGGCCCCUUACCAGAGCCUCUCUCCGCCUCAUCGUUCCGCAUCGUAUUCAAAACCGUCCCCUCUCGAGGACUUGCGCAAGUCAAGACGAUGGCCGCCAAAGGGAUACAGGUCGGAGGAUGCAAUGGAGCCUGAACAGGCGGAGGAGCUGAUAUGUGCUGGAGCGUCAUCGUUCAAGGGAUACUGCGAUGCGAUAGCGAACGCACCAGCGGGCUACGAUCGCUUCUAUGCCGUUAUGGAGGCUGAACAUCAGAGCCGAACAGAUCGUGCAACCUUUCAACAAGAGGCAUACCGAGACAUUUCGCUCAACAUGACGGGUGCAUCUGACAGCCAGUUUCCAUGGCUUGCUCAUGAGUAUCCUUGCAUGGCGUACGCGUUCGGGAAGAGUGCAGGGACCACAACACUGAACUAUUGGGUCAGCAAGUGCGGAAGCAGUAACCCUCCUAUGCAAUUCGCCAGCGAGGUAAAGCCGCGGAAGAUAAAGCUCCUACAAAUUUUGGACCGGUUGCAGAACCUAGAGAGUGGCCUAAAUGAAGAUGAUCCCGAGGAAUUGUACCGCUACCUGUACGGCACGCUCAUCGAAGAUUCGGAGCAGUUUGACGAGGAACGCCGUCACGUUCGGACUGAUCAGCAGAUCACAGAUCUCAUCACAGUGCUAAGCAACCCUAAAUGGAUAGAUUUCUCACACCCAAAGAAUCAGGUUGUAGCAAAGUUCUUUGACAGCCCGGAUCAGCGCAAGAAACAGGAGUUUUUUCACCAGCUGCUGCUCUCGGUCGAACUUUACCUUCGGAUACACUCUAAGCACCAUUCAGAGAAAUCUAAGCGAAAGCUCAUUCUGCAGCUUCCCGCCAUCAUUACCUGGGACCUGGCAGUGGCCCAACGGUGGCUCGAGAAUAUGGAAAUUUCCAAAACGCGGAUAUCAAACACCCAGAGCACCUUCAGCUUUGAUCUGAGGAGCAAAAGUAGACAAAUCGAAGCAUUGAGAAAAUUUGCGGCGACACUAAAGUGGCCAAACAUGGAUGAAGUCGAGUAUGUCCUGGACGAACAGGACUUGGACGAGAGAGCACUUGAGGACCGGUCCGCAGAUGCCAUGUCCUGGUUUUCAGGCAUCAUCCUGCCUGGUCGGACACUGCCUUGGCUCAUUAUGAACAGCUUGAUAGACUGUGAUAGGGAUACUGGCGACGCUCUCAAGUAUCUGACCCAUAUGCACCCAGCGUCCGGCUUUCAGUAUCGAGCAAAUACGUACUGGUCAUCGCAAUCUAUCGUUGGCAAGGUACUAGGCGCCGCACGAGGGGUCAAACAGAUUGCAGGUUGGAUUGGACCAUGCAUAUACACCCCGGACCUCAAACGCACUGAGUGUGUGAAGGUUAGACAACAAGAGUCACCGGAUCCUAUGUUGUUCUCGGUUGACGUAGAAUCCAUGGAUCAACGCACCAAUCCCUUGGGCGCGCCGGACGACAGCUACCCCGUAGACGACUACAUAGUUCCUAUGCCGGACACGGAAGACGUAACAGAUCUAAUACGAAUGGAGAAGCUUCGCUUUAUGCCUGUCAAAGAGCGGCCUGAAGGGACGAGGCACGCUGUCGGUCCUCCGAUGGUCUUUGACGCCGCCAUCUCAUUCGCAUGUGGCGGGGAGAGCUGGCCAAUGAAGCUACGAUAUAAUGUUGACUUCAUCAACGCUUUUCCCUGCCACCAAGGCCCUCACGUGCUAUUCUACGAUUUCAGCUUCAAAGCCAUAAAGAUUGACGAAGGCCUCGUCGACAUUCAAGACUGGGGCAAUCAGUCCGGUCGCAUACCCCGCCCCACAUCCUCUAAAUCAUCACCUGGCAAGAAAGCCUUGGCGCUCAUGAACGAAAAGCAGAAGAGUGCUCACGAACAAGUUACCAAUGUGCUCGUUAUAGAGGCUCUAGGCGUGAGCGAUAACGAAGUUUUUGCAAGAGCGUGGUGUGCUCAUCAUGGGCAUAGUGCUAUCGUGGCAAACAUCAAGGAGACGUGUAUGUCUUGCGCUAUUCGUGAGGCAUAUGCGGCAUGUGUGGCUGUCGUCAUACUUACGGAAGGGGGUGUGGUGAAGGAGAAUGACACUGAGGUUUACGGGUAUGCGUAA